CUGUGGUACAAAGGCUUUACAGCUCGCCAAGCAGGUCGAUAUUAUGGAGGCGUCGACGGCGGACUUUCGCCGCCCGGCGAAGAGUGCUAAACGGACGACCAUUCAAGAUCUUAGCGACGAUGCGCUCUGUUUGAUAUUCGCCUAUCUCGACAUCUUUGAGCUGAUUCGAAGUUCUGCCGUCUGUUCUUCUUGGAGAAAAGUUAUUCAGAAACUGAAGUUGCUGCAAAUACGGUAUGAGCGAGACCAUAAAAAUGAUGCCAAUUACCAAUGUCUGACAUCUUCAUGUGCAAGACCACUGAAUGAACUUCUUGAUCAGCUAGCUAUGGAAAAACACAGGUCUGCCUUAGUGAGAUGUAAUGCUAAAGCCUUCCAGUGGAGAUGCCACUCAGUUGGGGUUAGUCAGUGCCGAAUGAAGAUGGGACAAUUUCUGACUGGUGUGGGUGAUAAGGCCAUGCGACUCUGGUCAGCAGAAAGCUACAAAUGCUUGGAUGAAUAUACGCUGCCCAUGAAAGCCCCUCUAAGAGAUUACGACUUCGAUGAGAGCAAGGUUGUUGGUUUGGUUGGUGACCGGAUAUGCAUAUGGAACCGGACUGGAACAAGGAGUGUAUUUUCCUCACGUGAUGGCCUUUUCACGAAUGGACUUACUAUGCGUUAUGCUGAUCCAGAGGCUGUGGUUGGAUGUGAGGAUGGGAAAAUUCGCGUAUUUGACCUUUAUAGCAGAAAAGUUACUCAAAUCAUUAAGAUGCAUGAUGGUCCUGUUACAUGCUUAUCUUUUAGUGAAGAUCAAAUGCUUUUCAGUUGUUCUUCUCAAGAUCGUAAGGUUUCAUUGUUGGACCUUUCAACUGGUCAGACAUUGUCUUUACAGACAUCAUCUUAUAGUUCAGUGGGAAUGAAGACAUUAUGUUUCAAUCCUGCUGCGAAUUAUUUGUUUGCGGGAUCUACAGCUGGUCACAUAUUCUGUUGGGAUCUUAGGAGGAUAGACAAAACUCUAUGGGAAGACCGAGUGAGCCCGAAUGUCAUUUAUUCCAUGCAUCACCUCAGAAAUGACAAGUCAACACUAGUAGUAGGUGGAAUAGAUGGUGUCUUGAGAGUUGUGGACCAGGAUUCCGGUGAGGUAUUAUCCAGGCACAUUAUGGAAGAAGAACAAGAAGACAGUAGAAAUGUACCCUCCUCUUCCUCUUCAGGAAGAAGUGUGAUUGUCAGGAGAGUGAAAAACAUCUCAUCGAAUGAUCGCGUGGAUCUCAUGUCCAAAACCUGUCGUCCGAAAAUAACAUGUUUGGCUGUGGGAAUGCAGAAGGUAGUGACUGCACACAAUCUUAACUAUAUCAGUGUUUGGAAAUUUAAGUAGUGGCUAUGUUGUUGGCAGUUCAUUCUUAGGCUCAUAUUUGUUUCCCAUUGUUCAUGUGAAGUCUUUAUGUGUGUUUUUGUGUGAGUCGGGGGUUUCUUGGGAAUAGCCUUUCAACUUUCAAGUAAGGGUAAAGUACGCGUACACACUCUUCCGAGACCUUACUAUUUGGAAUUCUAUUGGGUUUGUUGUAAUGGUGUUCAUGUGAACUUGUGAUGUCUAAGUUGGAAAUUGUAUUUUUUUAUAUUCUAAAAAAUGGUGGUUUUUGUU